GGGCUGGGUUUUGAGGCGGGGUUGGAGUAAGGGGGGGAGGUAAACAAGAUGGCGGCAGCCAAACAGCAGCUGCAAUAGCAAACCUUUAGCUAACAUUCUUACCGACACAGAGCAGGGAAACGAGGGAAGCAACACAGAUAUUCAUAAGCAAGACAGAUAUAUUGAUGCUGACGAAGGACUCAAGGGAAUGUAUGAACUUUGGUUUUCUGUCUGACCUGAAGAAUGGACACGAUAAGUUUCCCUUUUUAAUGAUUUCUUUGUUAAGCAAUACCAAAGAAGAGUUUCUGUUUCUGAUGCCACGAAAGCCAAAUUUAGCUUCUGCAGAGAGGUCCCCAUAGAAUCAGGUCAGCAAUGAUAGGCUAUACAAGUAAGGUGAAGUCCUGAUACACAGAAAACACAACUAAAAUAUUCUCACAUAGUUAGUAUUUUAACCAAAAAAAUUAAAUUGGAAUUAAUUUCAAGUUUAUAGUUUUCAAAAAUAGUAGCAAUGGGACUAAUAGAAUGUAGGCUUAAACUGAGCAUUAUAUUACAAUCGAACUGAACUGUUCCAUUCACUUUUAAGAGACUUUCCAAGGAUUGCAUUCUACAUUGCACCCCCUCCCCCCCUUCCACCACAAACCAAACUCAAAAGUUCGAGCCACAUCGUCAGACUUUUCAGAACACUAAAGAAUAGUAUUCUAAUCCCUUUUUUAAAAGUUAUUCCCGCAUCCCGCCUGCCCCCCCCCCCCCCAUUUAGCGAAAUCAAGUGCCCACCAAUCACGGACCUAAAAAGAAUCCUUCAUUCGUCUGCAUCCAUGAUUUCUCAGUCAGCAGACACCUCUUUUAGAUGCGCUUAGGUACUUUUCGCCAUUCCAGCUUGGACGCGAACAUCAAAAACAGACGACAUUGGAAUUACACUGUAGGAUCCUAGCGGGGCGAAAAUGAGCGUGGGCGAACUCCAGCAUUUGGACUACCUGGCGGAGAACGAACUCAUAGGCAUGGACACCUUCAUCCACCGCAUCGACUCCACCGAGGUCAUUUACCAGCCGCGCCGCAAGAGGGCCAAGCUCAUCGGCAAGUACCUGAUGGGGGACCUCCUGGGCGAGGGUUCCUACGGCAAGGUGAAGGAGAUGCUGGACUCCGAGACCCUCUGCCGGAGGGCGGUCAAGAUCCUCAAAAAGAAGAAGCUGAGGAGGAUCCCCAACGGAGAGGCCAACGUCAAAAAGGAAAUCCAGCUUCUGCGAAGACUGCGACACAAAAAUGUGAUCCAGCUGGUGGACGUGUUGUAUAACGAAGAAAAGCAAAAAAUGUAUAUGGUGAUGGAGUACUGCGUGUGCGGCAUGCAGGAGAUGCUGGACAGCGUCCCGGAGAAGAGGUUUCCUAUGUUUCAAGCUCAUGGGUACUUCUGUCAGCUCUUGGAUGGCUUAGAAUAUUUGCACAGCCAAGGAAUAGUGCACAAAGACAUUAAACCAGGGAAUCUGCUGCUGACCACGGACGGUGCGCUGAAAAUCUCAGAUUUGGGUGUAGCAGAGGCGCUGCACCCCUUCGCCGAGGACGACACGUGCAGGACGAGCCAGGGCUCCCCGGCGUUCCAGCCCCCCGAGAUCGCCAACGGGCUGGACACGUUUUCGGGGUUCAAAGUGGACAUCUGGUCCGCGGGCGUCACACUAUACAACAUCACUACGAGCCUGUAUCCGUUCGAGGGGGACAACAUCUAUAAGCUGUUUGAGAACAUCGGCAAGGGGGACUACAGCGUUCCGGAAGACUGCGGCCCCCUCCUGACAGACCUGCUGAGAGGAAUGCUUGAAUAUGACCCAGCGAAGCGGUUCUCAAUACAACACAUAAGGCAGCACAAUUGGGUGCGUAAGAAACACCCCCCCUCCGAGCCCCCCGUCCCCAUCCCGCCCAGCCCCGACACCAGAGACCAGUGGCGCAGCAUGACGGUGAUGCCGUACCUGGAGGACCUGCACGGCUACAACGAGGAGGACGACGAUGAGCUCUUCGACGGCGAGGAUGACAUCAUCUACACUCAGGACUUCACAGUGCCAGGGCAGGUCCCGGAGGAGGAGGCGGAGCAGAACGGGCAGAGCCAGAGCCAGAGCCGGGGCGCGCCCAAGCCCGUGUGUGUCAACGGCACGGAGGCGGGCCUGCUGCAGUCCAAGGCGGAGCGGCGGUCCAGCUCCUCCUCCAACCCCUCCCGGAAGGGCGUGUCCACCACCAGCAAGAUCCGCAAACUCUCCACCUGCAAGCAGCAGUGACCCCGCCCCCCCCCCUCCCCCCACCGCUCCCCACGGUCCCGAGCCCAGCUGACA